UCAGGUUGGGCACCGCUAUGUAUUCCUCUUAAUAACCUGGCCGAAAUUCAAGUCAAAAGUGCACAUGGAUUAUUAACGUGUUUCAAUAGAUUUUUAUUUGUUCUAAGUGUAUCUUAAUAAUAUAAAUAAACAAUUUAUUAAUUAUUGCGUAUACGUAAUUAUAUAGCAACAAAAAUGGUGUUAUCUUGUCGAUUUUAUAAAGAAAAAUAUCCAGAAGUAGAAGAUGUAGUAAUGGUAAAUGUACGUAGCAUAGCUGAAAUGGGAGCUUAUGUACAUUUACUAGAAUAUAAUAAUAUUGAGGGUAUGAUUCUACUUUCUGAAUUGUCUAGAAGACGAAUUAGAUCAAUCAAUAAACUUAUUAGAGUAGGAAAAACUGAACCAGUUGUUGUUAUUCGUGUUGACAAAGAAAAAGGUUAUAUUGAUCUUAGUAAACGUCGUGUAUCAGCAGAGGAUGUAGAAAAAUGUACAGAAAGAUAUGCAAAAGCAAAAGCUGUUAAUUCAAUUUUGAGACAUGUCGCAGAAUUAUUACAUUAUGAUAAUGAUGAUCAGUUGGAAGAAUUAUAUCAAAAAACUGCAUGGCAUUUUGAAGAAAAGUAUAAAAAGCAAAAGGCUUCUGCAUAUGAUUUCUUUAAACAAUCAGUUUUGGAUCCAUCUAUUUUAGCUGAAUGUGGUCUUGAUGAACAUACAAAAGAGGUAUUAUUGAAUAAUAUCAAACGAAAAUUAACUUCCCAAGCAGUUAAAAUUAGAGCAGAUGUAGAAGUAGCUUGCUAUGGUUACGAAGGAAUUGAUGCAGUGAAAGCUGCUUUGAAAGCAGGUUUAGCUCUUUCUACUGAUGAACUGCCAAUUAAAAUUAAUUUAAUCGCACCACCAUUAUAUGUUAUGACAACAUCUACACCAGAAAAACAAGAUGGUUUGAAAGCAUUGAGUGAUGCUAUUGAUGUCAUACAAAAUAAAAUAACAUCCUUGGGAGGAGUAUUUAACGUACAAAUGGCUCCUAAAGUCGUUACUGCAACUGAUGAAGCAGAAUUAGCAAGACAAAUGGAACGAGCUGAACUUGAAAAUGCUGAAGUUGCUGGUGAUGAUGAUGAAGAAGAAGUAGAAGGAAUGGAUGGAUUUAGUGGUGGUGAAGGUGCAGAAGAUGAUAAAAAACCCGAUAAUGACUCUGAUAAAGAAGAAUAAACACAGAAUACAUCAAUAAAUGUUUCAAUGACUGACAUUAUUUCUCGGUUAUGAUCAUACUUUUUUUUGAGUAUGAUACUGCCUUGCUGGACACUAUCCAAACAUUUUAAAUAAAUUUACAAAAGUCACUGUA